CUUUCUCGGUGAGCACUCGCGACGCAGGCACUUGGCGUUAAGCAUAAUAUUUGCGUUCGCCUCACGAUGGACCGGAGGAACUCGCGGCAGAGCGAGGAUUCGUUCAUGCUCUUUGGAAUGAGAGAGCACAACAACAAGCAGCACAAAGGUCUAGACUAUGGGAACGGUCACCUUCACGGACCAGCCGUCGACCUGGAAACGGCGAUCAGGGAAACAGGGUACGGAUGGUACCACUUUUGGCUGCUUAUGAUAUGCGGCAGUGUGUACAUGACGUGCGCCAUCGGCACCACGACCCUGUCCUUUGUGCUUCCGGCUGCUGAGUGCGACUUUUCGCUCGACUCGGCCGAAAAAGGUGAAAUCAACGCCACCCCUCUUGUCGGGAUGAUUUUUGGUUCAUACGUGUGGGGCUCGAUGGCGGACACUCGUGGCAGGAAGAGUGUGCUGGUCAUUUCAAUGACCAUGGACUUUGUGGCCGCUCUGCUUUCCAGCCUCGCGCCCAACCUGCUCUCCUUCCUUGCCUGCCGCUUCUUCAACGGAUUUGGAAUCAUCGGCGCGACGAGUGUGGUUUUCCCGUACAUGAGUGAAUUUCUCGCUUACAAACACCGAGAUCUGAACCUCUGCAGGCUGGAGCUGUUUUGGGUACUCGGAGUUUGUGCCGUUCCAGGUUUGGCGUGGAUUGUGAUUCCACUUCCGAUCACUUGGACGCCGUUUCCUGACCUUAUCCUUCGAAGUUGGCGCCUCUUCGUCUUUUUCUGCGGCGUGCCCAGUUUGGUCAUCGCCAUUAUUUUGCACUUCUUCUUCAUGGAAACACCAAAAUUCCUUCUGUCUCGAGGCCACCACGACGAGGCCUUGGAAGUGCUGAGGAAGAUUUUCGUCUUUAACAAGAAAAGACCAGUGUCGGAAUAUUGUGUCCAUCGGUUAGCGGCCGAGACGUACGAUCUGCAGUUGAACGAAGAUGGUUCGCCGGUUCACCUUCCGUUGGGCCACAAGGAACCAAAAGCCUCUCUAUGCAGACAAUUCGCCAAUCGGAUGAAAGUUUUGUGGGAGCAAAAUGUGGCCCUGUUCUCAGGGCCUUUGGCCAAAUACACGCUGCUCGCCUGCUUCAUUGACUUUGGAAUUAUGUCCAGUUACUACACUUUGAUGCUGUGGUUUCCCGAGCUGCUGGAACGGUUCAGCUCGUUCAACCACCUGCACGGCGAGGAGACGGAGGUGUCCGGCGUGUGCGACGUCAUGGGGGUUGUGAUGGACCCGAGCGCCAACAACUGCACCAGUCCCGAUCACAUGCACGGUCCAGACAAUGAAGUCUACCUGCACACGCUGAUCAUCGGCCUGAGCUGCCUGCCUACGUCGCUCAUGCUGGGCUACCUCGUCAGGAAAAUGGGCACCAGAAUCAUGCUCACUUUGUUCAUGACUACUGCUGGUAUUUCGAUUCUCUGCCUGCAUCUAAUUCACAACGAGAUGCAAAAUUUGGUUCUGUCCUGCGUUUUUGAAGCCCUGGCGAGUGUGGCCGAAGCUACUCUCUUCUGCGCCGUCGUCCACAUCUUCCCCACACAUCUUCGAGCAUUGGCUGUUUCACUGACCGUGACCUGUGGCCGCAUUGGUGCCGUGCUGGGCAACAUUUUGCUUGGCAUUUUGCUCGAUUUCAGCUGCGUAGUUCCGAUCACAACGUUUGGAGUCCUGCUCAUAGCGAGUGGUUUGCUGUGCUUGGCCCUUCCAAAACCAUCAGGGGACCACCCGAGACAUAGCAUUUGCAGUCACGCGUUGUGAGCGAAAAAGCGGCUCGACGAACCUCCCCUCUAUUUAAGGCUAAUAUUAACUAUUAUAGUCUCCAAGUCUGUUGGUGUAAAUGUUUACUCGUUUUCGGUGCAAGUGUGUAAAUAAGUGCAAUAAGGUAAGUGCGCGCAAAACACUGGCAAGGACGGCCCGAAAUAAAUAACAAUUGUGAAAAGUUGGCAUUUCUCG